AUGGAUCCUAGUUUAGCCGCUGUGUUGGAAAACAUGUCUAGGGAACUUAAGGAAAUUAAGGCUAAGGUAGACAAAUGUGAGUAUUGUCGAGGGGGUCACGACACGAGUGCGUGUCCACUGCUAGUAGGUGAGGAGCAAGUCGAUUUUGUAGGAGGGGGUCAAGGUAGAGGUCAACCUAGUGGGUUUGGUAAUAAUAACUUUGGUUCGGGUUGGCGUAAUAAUAAUAAUAAUUUUGCUUCUAACAACAAUUUUCGCUCAAACGGACCCCCUGGUUUUCAAAUAGCUCAAAAUCCAAAUAGGGGUUUAGGUUCACUCUUUGGUGGGGGUUCAAAUGGGCAGGUUAAUGAUGGGGGGUCAAAUAAUCAAGGUCAAAUAGGUCAAGGUCCAAGUUUGGAUUUAGGGGGAAGUCUAGAAAGGAUGGAGGCUAUGAUGAGCCAGCUAGUUGUUAGGGACCAAACCACCCAAAAGAAACUUAGCGAACAUGACCUUAUGCUUAAGAAUCACCAAGCUGCUUUUCAAGACCUUCAAAGGGUUGUAGGUGAUAUGUCUAGAAAGUUAGAGGAGAGAUUACCCGGUCAGUUUGCGGGUAACACCCAACCUAACCCGAAUGCUCAUGUAAAGGCCAUUACCACUCGUAGUGGCAAAAUAGUAGGGGACCCUAGCGUUGAAGAGAGAGUAGUCGAUGAGGAUGGGGAUAUUGUAGAUGAAGAGAUAGAGAUGGAGGCUCCCGGCAAAGUGCAAUCGAGGCUGCGCCCAGCAAGUACCGCACGACCCGAGGAGUCUCAAGGUGAGAAAAGAGUAGAGAAACCUCCCGUGGAUGUUAGGCCUUCACCUUUAGUGAACCAUGCGUAUGUCCCGUUCCCUUCCCGUCUUAAGAAUCAAAAAUACUCGAGGGAAUACGGGCAAUUCUUAGACAUCUUCAAGCAAUUGAAGAUUAAUCUUCCUUUUAUCGAGGCACUCCAGUCCAUGCCUAAAUACGCGAAAUUUUUAAAGGACCUUCUUAGGAAUAAGGAGAAGUUAGGGGAGUUGUCGAAUAUUCUAUUGCAUGGAGGAUGUUCGGCCGUUGUCUCAAAUCAGCUUCCUGAGAAGCUUACCGAUCCUGGUGUUUUCACAAUUCCUUGUCUAUUCGGUAGUAACACUAAUACUAGAGCUUUAGCCGACCUAGGUGCUAGCAUCAAUUUGAUGCCAUUUUCUCUCUACGAAAAGCUAGACUUAGGCGAGCUUUCACCCACCCGAAUGACAUUAUCCUUAGCUGAUAGAUCCGUGAAACACCCUAGGGGCAUAGUCGAGAAUUUGCUUGUUAAGGUGGACAAGUUCGUUUUUCCGGCUGACUUCGUCAUUCUCGACAUGGAAGCCGAUGAAAACGUACCGUUAAUCUUAGGACGCCCGUUCUUGAAUACCGCUAAAGCUCUCAUAGAUGUCUUUUUAGGCACCAUCACACUUAGAGCGGGCGAGGAAUCGGUAGUUUUUAAGGUUAUGAAUUCGAGAGGGUCAAGUGAUAGGGUGCAGGCGGUAUCGUUAGUGGGUAAGAGUGAGAAGGAUGAGAGAGGUGAAGAGAAGGUGAUGAGUGGUCCGAGUCUAGAAAAAGUAAUAGAACUCAAGUGUGGGGACCCACCUGAUAGGAGAGUAGAGGAAUUAGAAGCGAGAAUGGUGCGUUUAGAAUCUAAGCUAGAGAUACUAAGUAAAGCUUAG